AUGUAUAUGUUCUUGAUAGUCAGCUUGGCCUUUGCGGUUGCCGACCAUAUAUAUUAUCAGUCUCUGCAAGGCCGUCUUGUCCCCUUCGCAGCCAAGGCAAGCGUGGCUGCAGCAGUGUCUUCAGCUUUCCGCGAGCAGGUGUUGACAGUAGUUAGGACAAGGUUUCUCAGUCUCGCCACCAUAGACGACAUGCUUGCGGCCCCCGAGACACCCUUUUCGCUAGUGAACCGGGGAGUUUCUCGGACAUCUCUGCUGGCUGUCAUUCUGUCGACCGACACGCUGGCCGCAGUCCCUGAAUUGGAGGCCCAUAACACAACCUACCCCGGCGUCCGCUCUUCGAACUUUCGGUUAGAGGACACUGCGGACUGA